ACUCGUUCAUCUUUUUGAGUUGAGGCGAACAGACUAAAAAUUAAAAAUGUCUAUCUAAUUUUCCAUGCUGCCUGGUGUUAAAAUAAUGGCUGAUGGAAAACAGGAUGACCCUAAUGCUGUUCGGACCAAGAAAAUAGAAGUGGGAUACCGCCAAACACUAAGACGGAAAAAAGAAUACACAAACAAAUACAUUGAUGGAUUGCUUUGGAGUCAGAAUUUACUAACAGAUGAUGUUGGAACUCAUUGUGAGGCAACUGACGGGACUGUGAACAUCAGCAAUGACUUGCCUCCAUCACCAACAAGUGUUACACCAGCAUUGAGGAAAGAGUUGAUUGGUGAUGAAAAUGUACUCGCAGCUGAAGUUGUCAACAGCGAAACUACAUCAAGCAAGAGUGUCAACACCGAUGAACACUUACAUCUUCCUCUAGCAAGUGUUGGGACAACAUCAAUGAGCAAUGAGUUUAAUGGCCAUCCCAAUUUUCUUGAAGGUGACAGUCAGGCUUCAGGUGCUUCAGGUUAUACCACAGAUUACCAACAUUUCAUGAACGAUGAAAAAAUUGACUGGGAGGAACCUUUGGAGGAAGAUGAUUCUUACCACAAAUCUGUUAGUGAAUCAUCCAUCCCAGAUGACUACGUCAAUGAUUGGCUGGUCAAUUUAAAUGAUGAGAACAUUGAUGUUUCUCAUGAAGAAGCUGUGAGACGGAGUCUUGCUGAAUGGGUACUGGAUUGCAACAUACGAAGAGCUCAUGUCUCGAACCUAUUGAAGCGUUUAAACAGAGAAGCUGGUCUGGCGUAUCUUCCUUUGGACUCGAGAACACUGCUCAAGUCACUGAGAUCAAGAAUUCAAUAUAGAGUUGUUCAGCCUGGUUCCUUCUUAAAUUUUGGCAUAGCUUCGACUCUUGCUGUUGUUUUGGCUCUUUUGAACUCAAAGGACAUUCCAAAUGUUUUGCAAUUUAUAUGGAAUAUCGAUGGGCUCCCUUUAGUUAAAAGUAGUGGGAACAGUUUUUGGCCCAUUGUGGGGAAGUUAUACGACGUAGAAUAUGCCGAACUAAUUGUAGUUGGAGUAUUUUGUGGCAUCAAGAAACCAAACUGCAUCAACGAUUUUUUACUAGAAUUUGUGACUGAACUGUCCGAUCUACAAAAAAAUAGUUUUGAGUUUCGUAAUUGACAGUAAUUACUUUUA